CAAUUUUUCAAGUUGCUGGAUGGACUAUUUCAUUGUCGAAUCAAUGUGGUCCUUGAAGUGUUUUAACUGGUGUGUUUUUGCAGUGGUAUUUGCUCGAGCAUGCAUUUGACACAAUUUUGGAAGCUGGUGAUAUACCCCCUCCAUCAUUCUUCACUGAAAUGGUAUGUCAAGCCAUUGUACGGCAUGAUUAUGAAAGAGCUCUCGCUAGUGUUAACACCAUAGCUCAUGCUCCCUUUCAAGUCAGUGAACAUCAGUGGAAAGACCUCUUCGAGGAAAACAGAGACAGGAUCAGUAGGACUAGUUUAAAGGAACUGUUGGACACGCUCUGUAAUUAUGAUUUAUCAAAAGAGGCCACAGUGUCAAACUUUUCAAGGGUAUUGCAAUCUCUCUGUGCCCCUGGCAGUUCAAAUGUUUUAUUAGAGUCAGUUGCUUUUGGGAAUGUAACCGCUAGUGAAUUACCUUCAGAUGGUUGUAAUAGGGGAUUUCUUGGCGAUGGAAGUAUAGAUAUGCAUCCUACAAGUACAGUUGGUCUCGACCUUCCUGCAAGAACCCUCAAUUAUAACCCUCGCGAGGAUCUUCAAGUUAAUAAAGGCAGUGUAAUUAGUGUAUCUUCAGAUAACCUCAUUAGUAAUGAUAGAGAGGAGGGAGUUGAUAUAUGUUUGAAGUCUGCAAAUUACGGUGAUAGGAUGGCGAAGCAUCUUGCUGACGACUUGGAACCUAUUGGUUCUAUUGAUUCUGCGGAUUGUUUUCAUGACAGAAACUCAGAGUACAUAGAACAUGGUGACUUUGACGUCGUUAAUGAGUUAGAUCUUGACAUGUCAACCCAUGAAGUUGGUGAUUCUCAUGUAUCUGACUUGCCUUCAGCAUAUGAAAUACUAGAAAUCUGGAAGGAAAGCAGGAAGAAGGAUGGCAUUUACUUUCCCUUUCUUGGCUGGAAGUAAGUGGAAGUUGCAUUUAUAUCGCUCUUCCUGUGUAGCAUUUCAGAAGCAUUGCUCAUAUGCCAUUGAGAUUUCUUCUGUACAAACCUUUAUCCUGAUAUGGUGUUGACUGUUGACAAUGAAUCCACUGAGAUGAAUGGUGUCUUCUGGCUAGCUGCCCCCCACAAGCUCGUAGGACUUGUGUAGGCGAGUGCAGAUCUGUAUGGUGUACCUUUUUUGGGUAGUAUAGCUUGUGUUAGUACUACAUUCAAUUUCUAAUAUGAUGCAACUGUUUUAUAGAAAUGGAAAGGAGAAAGAUGAAAC